AUAGCAAAACAGUGCAACCAACUGCUCAAUAAACACAUUUCGUCGUUAAAAAUUAAAAAAAAAAAUUAAAAUUAAUUCCAAAAUGAUUAAGAAUUUCGCUUUCAUCCUUUUGGUCCUUGCCGCUGUCGCCAAUGCUGAGCCUAAGCCUAGCGUGUUGGCCUACACUGCGCCCGUAAUCGCCGCGGCCGCUCCAGCUGUUGUGACCGCCCAGAGCUCACAGUAUAUCGCACGCAAUUACAAUGGUGUUGCUGCCGCACCCGUCGUCGCCGCUGCUUACACUGCACCCGCCGUAGCUGCCGCGCCCGUUGCUGCUGCCUACAGCGCACCCGUUGCCGCCGCUUAUAGUGCUCCAGUUGCUGCUGCUUACAGCGCCUACAGCGCACCAGUCGCUUCGUACGCCUCGUACUAUCCUUACAACGCCGCUUACUCUGUCGCCUUUUAAGUAACAACGACUUGAAGACGUAAAGCAAAAAAA